AUGGAUGGGGCAAAAUACCUGCUUUAUGCCCAAAAGUUGAAGAUGGGAAGAAGGUUUGCCUUUCAGCAUGACAGUGACCCAAAGCACAUAGCCAAAUUGACCAUACAGCGGCUGAAGGAGAAAAGAGACCAGUUGCUCUCCUUCUCAUCACCCUACCACAAGAGUAGGAGCAAAGUUUCUCACCAGCUCUCAGUACUGCAGCAUGAGGCCUGCCUGAAGCAGAGGCCUGCACUGAAACUUGCUAGCAAUGUGAGAGCCUACCAAGUGGUGUAUAAGAACAAUGACAUCCGACUUGAGUUGUCCCGUCUGGCUCGAAUUGUGGACCCUAAGAUGAAAAUCCAAGGUGAGGUGUCCUACAAGUGUGAGAAUGUGGCCACCUUGGACCCCAUUUCUUUCGAGACUCCCGAGGCUUACAUCAGCCUUCCCAAAUGGAACACCAAGCGGAUGGGAUCCAUUUCUUUCGAUUUCCGAACAACUGAGCCCAAUGGCCUCAUCCUCUUCACCCAUGGCAAACCCCAGGAGCGCAAAGAUGCUGCCCGCAGUCAGAAGAACACCAAGGUGGAUUUCUUUGCUGUAGAGCUGCUGGAUGGGAGCCUUUACCUGUUGUUGGACAUGGGCUCAGGGACUAUCAAGGUGAAGGCCACCCAGACAAAGGUCAAUGAUGGUGCCUGGUACCAUGUGGACAUCCAGAGAGAUGGACGCUCAGGCACCAUCUCUGUAAACAGCAGAAGGACCCCAUUCACAGCCAGUGGUGAGAGUGAGAUUCUGGACCUGGAGGGUGACAUGUACUUGGGGGGGCUUCCUGCUGACCGCACCAACCUCAUCCUGCCCACUGAGCUCUGGACGGCGAUGCUCAACUACGGCUAUGUGGGCUGUAUCCGUGACCUUUUCAUUGACGGUCGAAGCAAGGACAUCCGUCAGAUUGCUGAGGCACAAAAUGGUGCUGGCAUCAAACCCUCAUGCAAUAAGCAACCGGGCAAGCAGUGUGAGAGCUACCCAUGCAAGAACCGAGGUGUCUGCAAAGAAGGCUGGAAUCGAUUCAUCUGUGACUGUACCGGGACUGGCUACUGGUCACGCACCUGUGAGAGAGAGGCUUCCAUCCUUUCCUAUGAUGGCAGCAUGUAUAUGAAGGUGGUGAUGCCAACCAUCAUGCACACUGAGGCAGAGGAUGUCUCCCUGCGUUUUCGUUCCCAGAGGGCUUAUGGCCUCCUCAUGGCCACCACCUCCCGAGACUCAGCCGACACACUCAGGCUGGAGUUGGAUGGGGGUCGUGUGAAACUCACGGUCAACCUAGACUGUAUCAGGAUAAACUGUAACUCCAGCAAGGGACCGGAGACCCUGUAUGCUGGGCAAAAGCUCAAUGAUAAUGAGUGGCAUACGGUGCGUGUGGUGCGUCGCGGAAAAACCUACAAGCUAACAGUUGACGAUGAUGUAGCAGAAGGCCAAAUGGUGGGUGACCACACUCGUCUGGAGUUCCACAACAUUGAAACAGGCAUCAUGACAGAGCGCAGAUAUGUUUCCAGUAUCCCAUCCAGCUUCAUUGGUCAUCUGCAGAGCCUUAGAUUUAAUGGUAUGCUCUACAUCGACCUGUGCAAGAAUGGUGACAUCGAUUAUUGUGAGCUUAAUGCCCGCUUUGGGGUUCGCUCCAUUAUUGCUGACCCUGUCACCUUCAAAUCCAAGAGCAGCUACCUGAGCUUGGCCACCCUGCAGGCCUACACAUCCAUGCACCUCUUCUUCCAAUUCAAGACCACCUCCCCAGAUGGCUUCAUACUUUUCAACUCUGGAGAUGGCAAUGAUUUUAUUGCUGUAGAACUGGUUAAAGGAUAUAUCCACUAUGUUUUUGACCUUGGAAAUGGGCCUAACCUCAUCAAGGGCAAGAGUGAAAGGGCACUGAAUGACAACCAGUGGCACAAUGUAGCCAUCACCCGAGACAACAGUAACACCCACACACUGAAAGUAGAUGCUACAGCAACUAGUCAGAGUAUCAAUGGAGCCAAGAACCUGGACCUGAAAG